UAACAUUUUAUACCGUUCGAUCUGCAUCCAACCAUCCAGAUCCAUCCACUCCUUUAACCUUAUCCCCAACCUACGUGCCCACUCCCCACGUCUCUUGUUUCCUCGUCAUCCCCGACGUGCGCCGCCUCCAGCCGCCGCCUCGCCGGCGCACCUCCUCCCUUCCAAGGGUUGGAAAGAUGCAGAAAACCAAGGGCGUGUUUGGUUUUCGCCCAAGGCAGCCCCGCCAAAUCAAAGGUGAUCCAAUUUUUUGGCGGAGGAAUUGGCCGCUGAUGUUUUCGCCCAGCCUGGGUGUGAAAAUGAACUGGGCUCGCGCGUGGGCUCGAGGGCACGCCAAACCUUGGCUACGAUCCAAACGAAACGCCAGCGCGUGGUCAAUGGCCAAAAAAUUGGCAGGGUUGCCAUCGGAUGCAAUCCAAACGCGCCCCAAGUGCAAGCGAAGAGGCAAGGACACAGGACGCUUGAAUGAAGAGAAAAAGGCUUUCAAAGUAGCACUUAGGCUAAGCCUUGGAUUUGGUAACUUGAGUAAACUUGGUGAAAGUUCCUCCAGUGAACUCAGCAAACAAGUUGCUUCAGGAGUAUCUGAAAGUGUUGUCUCCAUUGCCUCAUUAAUUGGAGAUACAGUGAUAUACGAAUGCACAGGCAUAUUUAUUGAAAACUCAUGUGCUGAUGCCACAAGUAUUCUGACUGUAGCUAGUUUUGUUGGAACUCCAGAAAUGGCGAUCACUGAUGACUUGACGAUUAAAGUGCGCCUUCCCAAUGAUCGAGUUGUCAUUGGCUGGUUACACAAUCGCUAUUUAAAUUACGAUCUUGCUGUUGUCAACAUCAGGCAUGCCCGUGGUUUUCAGACAGUACAUCUCAGUCCUAGCCAUCACGUGCAGUUUGAGUCCAAUCAUAAGGUAGUAGCUGUGGGGCGUUGUUUUAACUCAGGCAUGUUAAAGUCCACAAAUGGGAUAGUGAUUAGCAGUCCAACCGAUGGACACUCUGAGCUUAUGAGAGCCACAUGUAAAAUCAAUCAGGCUUGGAUUGGUGGUCCUCUUGUUGAUUUUGAGGGGAACUUUGUUGGAAUGAACUUCCGAUGUGGCGAAAGUACUGCAUUCCUACCAAAGAAUAAAAUUCUUAAAUGCUUGGGGCUUUUGAGGAACGAUGCUGCUGUCACUGUUGAUAAUGGUGCUUUGAACAGAUUGUUCCAUGAAAGUUGGCCUCCGCCAGGUGGUAUGACUGCCGAUGUUAUGAAUGCUGUUAAGAAGAAGUUCUUGGAUUCGAUUUUUCAGGUAGAAUGAUUUGAAGCUGAUUGAUGCUGAACAACCUCCUCUUUGGUUUACUAAUGCUUUUAGCCUAUGUAAUGUAAAUUGUACUGCUUUGUAUCCCAUGUUUUGGUGAUACAUGAAUUGCGAUAUUGUGUUAUCCUGGGCAAUGCUAGGCAUUUUCACUUCA